GGCCUCAAGCUCGGAGUUCUUAUCUGAAAACCAAAAAAUGUUCAUUUCAGAGAUUCAGAAAUUUUUUAAGGCUGACCAAAACUUCUAUGUCAGGAAGGUCAAAGCUGCGUUGAAGAGCUACUCCCAGAAACAAGGGCCCAAGCGUGUUUGGAUGGAAAUCCUGGGACCGUGCCUAUCCAUGGCGGCGACAAAGACGGCGGCCAGAUCUGGACUGCUCCCUGCUACGAGGAAGGAAGUGCCGCCGCUCCGUCUCCGGGUGGUGGCUGCUUUCAGUCCAGAGGAAGAAGGAAGGGUCGCUGCGGUUGCUCCCGGCGUCUUAGUUGAAAAGGCAAAUAACCUACCCCCUCUCCAAAUUUUCUUCUUCGAGUAAUCACUUUUCCAAUUUUUUAGGAUGCAAUUGCUUCAUGUACACAGCCUAUUUUGUGAUUGAUUAGUGAGAGUGCCUGGUAGCUUCAUGUACCGUGACCUAUUUUGCUUCUCCGUCGCGUGAUUGUCGCCACUUCUUUCUCUAAAUGCGAGGUCGUUUAUUCUUUAGAGGAAAUAGUCAAACAGAUGCGGUGUUGGGGCGGUGCUGAUCAAUGAGGAGCUACAUGGUGUGAGACACGCAGCACACACAUGUCCUGCAAGUGGCCGGACCUAUGCGUAUCGGUCGACAAUGAGGAAAUAGUCAAACAGAUGCGGUGUUGGGGCGGUGCCGAUCAAUGAGGAGCUACAUUGUGAGACAAGCAGCACACAUAUGUCCUGCAAGUGGCCGGACCUAGGCGUAUCGGUCGACAAUGGUACUUCACUAGAGAGGAGCGAUCUGCAAGAGUUGGCUGCUAUGUAUAUAUAUGUUACGGGCCAGCGCACAGAUUUUUUGCCGUCGAGAUCAACUUCCUACACACAAGUGAAUUACUUCUGGAGUUCAAUUGUUACUACAUUGAAGAGAAAUACGAUAGCAUCUAAUAAUCCACUAAGGCACACUUUGUUGUGGGGUUACGGCUACAAGGGGAUGCUUCAUCAGAGAUCAGGGUUGUUGGUACAAAAUAUGAGUGCGGUCAAGGGUGGAACUGCUGAUCUUUUUAAGAAAAAGGGCAAAUUUGAAUACUCUCUCAUCACCUUUUGGGCAACACGUGAGGGAUCAAAUUCUGCUGCCACAGAUCCAGUACUGUUCUUCGCUGAAUGCAGCAAUGAUGAUGAAGAUGACAAGGAAACACCUCCCCUGUGCGUCCCAGUAUUUAGUUCUUGGAUAUCUGAUGUUCGUUGCUUCCACUGUGAGUUUCUAGGGAAAAAAAUUGUUCACCCAUAUCAUGAAUCAUAUUAUGGGCGUUACGAGGACUUUGUUGGAAUGGCUCAUGGAGACCAUAGCAUUUGUAAUGAAGAAAUUAUCAGUGCAUGCGACUUCCAUGCUGAUAUGAUGUGCACAUUAAAAGAGGAUUGGAUCUUUUUUUAUCCCAACAUGGAUGCUAUGAUUGCUCGAGCGAAUCCCAUUAAGAAUUGGGCUACGGAGAUGCUGAAAUGGGAGAACAGAAUCUUUUGACAGUCAUGCUCGAUCUUUUUUUUUCUGAGAUAGAUCAGAUGGACUCUUGAAAUUGAGAUUCUUGAAGAGCUUUCCUGGGAGCACGCGUACAAGCUUAGUUAACAUUUGCUCGAACUGUUUAUUAUAUUCUUCCGUUGAAGUGUAUCUCAACUUCUUAAGUGUGGUGUUAGUUUGUCAACCAUGAUGCAAAUUAUCCUUGAUGCUACUCGAGUAUGUGGAUAUCUAAUGUCAGGUUUCCAUGUGGGCACUUCAUCACAAAGCUAUACAGAACAACAACAAUUUA